UUGUGAUAUGCAUCUACCACCCUUCUUUCAAUUUUUGGCUGCAUUAUUUUUACACUAUAUUUUCUUUCACUCUGACCCUCUUGUAUAGUUUUCCCACUAAUUCUUUGGAGUUAUUCCUAUGACUUGAGUACUUUGUAUCUUCAUUUUCUUCCUUUUUAUUCCAUCUUGCAACUGACCCAAUUUUUGCUCAACUACUUAAGUUGAUCAAUGAAGCAAUAUUACAUGGUUUACCGACAUUAGUUCUGUUUCUUCUAAGCAGAUAAUGGAAUCAAAUCGUUCCAGCAAGCAGUCCUCACUUGUUCCAUCGUUUCCAAAAGACUCCCGAGGCUCACUAGAAGUAUUCAACCCAUCUACUUACUCGUCUAGGCCAACUAACCCAGUUUUUCAGUCCCCAUCCACAUGGCAAAGCUGGGAGGAAGCACGAAGUAAGCUCGAGCAGGUUAAGGAGGAUGACUUAAAACUCGACCCCAAUUCUAGUCAGUUCAAGUCUGAUGAGAUCACCUCAUGGAUGGCUCUACCUGACCCGACUCCAGAAGUCUACAAGACCAUCCCAGCAAUUCCCAUUUCAAAAGAGGAUGAUCAUCAAUCAAAACUUAAAGGUCCUAGUACUGCCAAGGCUGAGCAAAGGGCAGCUGAGUGGGGUUUAGUACUCAAAACUGAUGAUGAAACUGGGAAGCCACAGGGUGUGAAGGUCAGGACUUCAGGCGGGGAUGAACCGAAUCCUAAACCUGAGAGCUCGAGGAGGGAAUCCGGCGGCUCAGUUCGGAGUUCAGGUGAUUCAUCAGAUGGUGGGCUCACCAGGAACGCCCCAAGAGUGUCUGAAGAUUUAAAGGAUGCCUUGUCAGCAUUUCAACAAACUUUUGUUGUGUCGGAUGCUAGCAAACCUGAUUACCCAAUUCUGUAUGCCAGUGAAGGAUUUUUUAAGAUGACUGGGUAUAACUCUAGAGAGGUUAUUGGUAGAAACUGCCGGUUUUUACAGGGAGCAGAGACAGACCCAGAAGAAUUGGAUAAAAUUAGAGAAGCAUUACAGAAGGGUACCAACUACUGUGGGAGGUUGCUGAAUUACAAGAAAGAUGGUACACCUUUCUGGAACCUUCUAACUAUGACACCCAUCAAAGAUGAAACAGGAAAAGUCCUUAAAUACAUAGGGAUGCAAGUGGAGGUGAGCAAGCACACAGAGGGUUACAAGGAUAAGAUGGUCCGUCCCAAUGGACUGCCAGAAUCCUUAAUUCGAUAUGAUGCCCGCCAGAAAGACAUGGCAUCCAAUUCGGUCAAUGAGCUAGUGCAGGCAGUGAAAAGGCCCCGGGCACUAAGUGAAUCAGGGAAUCGACCCUUUCGGAGAAAAUCAGGUGGUGCUGAUGAAAAAGACAGAUCACAGUCUCAGAUGAGGAGAAAUUCAGAGCAUGUGCCUCCAGCUAGGCGUAUGUCAUUGGAACGGCUUAGUGAGGUGCCUGAAAAGAAACCCAAAAAAUCUGGACGCCGUUCAUUCAUGGGGAUUUUGAAGAAAACUAAGCCCAGUGAGGAGCCUAUUAAUGGUGAAGAAACUUUUGAUGAAAAAGGAAGCACUGACGAUGAAGAUUAUGAUUUUGAUUAUGAUGAUCUAAGACCAGAUAGUGUGGAUGAUAAAGUUAGGAAAAAGGAAAUGAGAAAGGGUAUUGAUCUUGCUACCACUCUUGAACGUAUAGAGAAAAAUUUUGUCAUCACUGAUCCAAGGCUUCCUGAUAAUCCCAUUAUAUUUGCAUCUGAUAGUUUCUUAGAGCUGACAGAAUACAGCCGUGAAGAGAUUUUGGGAAGAAAUUGCAGGUUUCUCCAGGGGCCUGAAACUGAUCCAGAAACAGUACGUAAAAUCAGAGAUGCAAUUAAUAAUGAAACAGAUGUUACUGUUCAGCUGAUUAACUACACAAAAACUGGGAAAAAAUUCUGGAAUGUGUUCCAUCUACAGCCCAUGCGUGACCAAAAGGGAGAAGUCCAGUACUUUAUUGGGGUACAGUUAGAUGGUAGUCAGCAUGUCGAACCACUUCAAAACAGCAUUCCGGUAGCUACUGUAACUGAGAGUGAGAAGCUGGUGAAAGAAACUGCACAAAAUGUUGAUGUUGCAGUCAGAGAACUUCCCGAUGCCAACAAGAAACCUGAGGACUUGUGGGCAAAUCAUUCAAAGUUUGUACGAGCUAAACCACAUAGGAAGGAAUGUGCCUCAUGGAAAGCUAUUCAAAAGGUAACUGAAAGUGGUGAACCAAUAGGCUUGAAACAUUUUAAUCCAGUGAAGCCUCUUGGAGCUGGUGACACUGGAAGUGUGCAUCUGGUGGAAUUAUGUGGAACGGGUGAAUAUUUCGCCAUGAAGGCAAUGGAUAAAAAUGCAAUGCUUAAUCGUAAUAAGGUACACAGAGCUAUUGCAGAAAGGGAAAUUCUUGACAUGUUGGACCACCCUUUUCUCCCUGCAUUAUAUGCUUCAUUUCAGACAAAAACACACGUUUGUCUGAUAACUGACUACUGCCCUGGUGGGGAGCUAUUUUUACUUCUGGAUAGACAACCAACAAAGGUCUUGAAAGAAGAUGCAGUGAGAUUUUAUGCAGCGGAAGUGAUUAUUGCACUGGAAUACCUUCAUUGCCAAGGUAUAAUCUAUAGAGACCUAAAGCCAGAGAAUAUACUUAUUCAGAGCAAUGGCCAUAUAGCUUUGACAGAUUUUGAUCUUUCAUGUAUGACAUCUUGCAUGCCACAGUUGCUUCUUCCAGAAAUCAAUGACAAGAAAAGGCAAAACAAGGCUCAACAGAAUCCUAUAUUUUUGGCUGAGCCUAUGCGAGCAUCAAAUUCUUUUGUAGGGACCGAGGAAUACAUAGCUCCGGAAAUUAUUGGUGGGGCAGGGCAUACGAGUGCUGUGGAUUGGUGGGCUUUAGGUAUUCUUAUAUAUGAGAUGCUUUAUGGGUACACACCUUUCCGUGGUAAAACGAGGCAAAAAACAUUCACCAACGUGCUUCAAAAGAAUCUAAAGUUUCCGUCAAGUAAACAGGUAAGUCUCCAUGCAAAACAGUUGAUUUAUCAGUUGUUGCAGAAAGACCCCAAGAGCAGAUUGGGGGCAUAUGAAGGUGCAAAUGAGAUUAAGCGACAUCCAUUCUUUCGUGGAGUCAAUUGGGCUCUUGUUCGUGGCAUGAAACCUCCCGAGCUUGAAGUUCCAUUCUCCACUGACCCAGAGAAGGAAGCAAAAAUCAUGGAUCCUGAAAUGCUAGAUCUCCAAACAAAUGUCUUUUAAGAUCGAGGAUGCUUCUAUCAAGAGCUUUGUAUGUAAUUUUUACUUCUAGAAUUAGAAAAUGAGAUCAAAAUUGCUCAUUGAAUUUAUGUUCUUUUGCUUAGCUUCUUUCAAAUAAUAUGCUUUUAGAGGGGAAAAAAGAGAGAUGUGUUUAUCUAAUUUCUUGUAGUAUCCUAUGUAAUGUUUGUGGUGAUUUGUUCAAAUUUUAUAUCUAAUCACAAUUUUAUUUUGUUCCAUCA